UCAAUGAACACCCAUACAAAAACACGCUUGGUGAGAGAAGAAAACCGAAGCAAAAAAAAUAAAAACACCUGCUGGAGAAGACAGAUUUUCGACCCAGUUAUCGCUCUCCCUUCCUCUGUUCUUAUUCACCUUCCCAGUACUUGCGGACCACUACGAUAUUGACCAUAACUUGCCAUUUUGCGACAUUUGCGGAACUUCGUGUCGACAGUGAGCAAUAGCAAUCAUCGGUCAUUUCAAAUCGAAAUACGGUGAUUAGUUUCAUUGCAUGAACGGGUGGAUUAUGGUUUUCCACGCGUUUCUUGUACAGUGUGCUAGUAAAUGGUGCAUUUGAAAUGCCUGUCUAUAAAUUGUACUGCUACUAGGUUGUACUUUUGAUGAACAGCAGCCUAAACUGGAGAGUUAUCCGAUCAGGAUAAAAUAUUGGCUACUGCUUUAUUUUGACACAUUGCCGUCGCUUGAAAAUGGAGAUUGCCACCGCGCUAGGGUGUUCUGUUGGUUUUGCCAUCGGAGGACUAGUAUUUGUAGCGUAUAAACUUGGCUUACUUUAUCAGUUGUUUCAUAAGACUGAGACCCAGAGCCCUCGCCAUGGUGGGGAGAGUGUGGCAGAGGUUCUGCGUGCCCAUGGGGUUAAGUUUGUCUUUACCCUGGUGGGGGGGCACAUCUCACCCAUCUUGGUGGCCUGCGAGAAGCUGGGCAUCCGCAUCGUGGACACCAGGCACGAAGCUACUGCCGUUUUUGCAGCUGACGCAGUAGCCAGGCUCUCUGGCACUGUAGGUGUAGCUGCAGUGACUGCUGGCCCAGGCCUGACUAACACAGUCACAGCAGUGAAGAACGCUCAGAUGGCCGAGUCUCCACUGCUUCUCUUGGGGGGAGCUGCUGGAACACUACUUCAGGGUAGAGGAGCGCUGCAGGACAUUGACCAGAUGUCCCUGUUCAAGCCGCUGUGUAAGUUCUGCGCCUCGGUGAGGAGUGUGAGGGAGAUCGCCCCCACGGUGAGGAAGGCCCUGGCCAUCGCCCAGUCUGGAACUCCAGGCCCUGUGUUCAUAGAGUUCCCCAUCGACACACUCUACCCCUUCCACCUAGUGUCCAAAGAGUUCGGAGUGAAAAACCCUCCCAAGGGAAUAAUGGGGAAAGUUGUCACUUGGUACCUCCACAAUCACCUAAAUAACUUGUUUGCUGGAGCCUGGGAAACCAGAGACGUGUCCCCUCUCCCAGUGCACAUCCCUCAGGCCACAGACGAUCAGGUACAAAAGUGUAUAGAGCUGGUUAGCAGAGCCAAGAAGCCUGUAAUCCUACUGGGGAGCCAGGCAACACUACCUCCAACACCUGCAGACGACAUCAGGGCGGCCCUGGAGUCCCUGGGUAUCCCCUGCUUCCUGGGUGGAAUGUCCCGUGGCAUGCUGGGUAGGAACAGUCCCUUGCACAUCAGACAGAACAGGAGGGACGCCCUAAAGGACUCAGACCUUGUGCUGCUAGCAGGAACUGUAUGUGACUUCCGAUUAAGCUAUGGCAGAGUGCUGAACAGGCGCAGCAAGAUCAUUGCUGUCAACAGAGACAAGACUCAACUUCUGAAGAACUCUGACAUGUUUUGGAAGCCCACUGUGGCCAUUCAGGGAGAUGCAGGCUCCUUCCUACUCCGCCUCUCCGAUGGCCUCAAGGGCCACAAAUGUCCUGAGGAUUGGCCACAGAGUCUCAAAGCAGGAGAUGUCACCAAAGAGAAGGCUAAUCGGGGGAAGGCUGAUGAGAAGACGGACCGCCACCUGAACCCCCUGAGUGUCCUGCACCGUGUGGAUGAGCUGAUGGCUGACGACAGCAUCAUAGUGGCGGAUGGGGGCGACUUUGUGGGCAGUGCUGCUUACAUCAUGAGACCAAGGGGCCCACUCCGCUGGCUGGAUCCAGGAGCAUUUGGAACCCUUGGUGUUGGAGGAGGGUUUGCUCUGGGAGCCAAGCUGUGUCGACCUGAGUCAGAGGUGUGGAUCAUCUAUGGUGAUGGAUCCCUGGGAUACAGUGUUGCAGAAUUUGACACCUUUACCAGACACAAGACACCAGUAAUUGCUCUGGUGGGGAACGAUGCCUGUUGGAGCCAGAUCUCCAGGGAGCAGGUUCCCAUCCUGGGCAGCAACGUGGCCUGUGGCCUGGCCUUCACAGAUUACCACAUAGUUGCAGACGGUUACGGCGGCAAGGGCACCCUCAUUGGUCGCGAGGACGAGGACAAGCUGGAUGACAUCAUAAAAGAGGCACAGAAGGAGACCCGAGAGGGGAGAGCCACACUACUCAAUGUUCUCAUAGGGAAGACCAACUUCAGAGAGGGCUCCAUCUCUGUGUAGAGUAGGUCAGACAGACGGGCCGCAACCCGUUGGGUCUCUGUCUGGACCUGUGGGUCCUAAAACCUUCCCACCUUGCCUAGAAACCCAAAUUUGUUCACAUGCUGUGGAACAGUACAACUGCUGCAUUUAUCUGGUGAAGAAGGGAAAAGAUGAGUGUGUCUGCUGAAUGAACCCAACAAUUCAGGAACUCAUUCUUCAACCUUUAUCAGCCUUUCAAACAGCUGUUAAGAUACGUUUUGAUCAUGGACUUGAAUGGAUGAAUGAAACCAUUUUGGGUUGUUUUUGCUUGAGAGAAUCAAACUUGACUUGUAUGCUUUAGAAAAUGAACUACGACUGGCUUUGCUGCUGUUAUGUAGUAGGCCAGUAUCCUUGCUGUAUACACUUAACUAAUACAUGUAUAUUGACUUCAGAUAGCCUAUUGAUCUACUGAACUCUACCUUGAAGCUGGUCAUUUAUUUUGAAAAACAAAGUGAAUUUUGGAAUGAUGUCCUUCAUAGGGAUAUUUAGGAAAGUUAAACAUACACUAACCUACAAGCCGCAGCAGGGUCUUUAGGGUUAAGAACAAGGUAAUAAUACAAUUGUAAUAAUACUGUAAUCAUUUAAUUUAAAUAGUAUAGAAUUGAUGAUUGUAUGCCUUUUUUAAUUUUUUUAUGUACUGUAAGACUCCACUAAUACAUCAAUCAACAGAAUGGGUACACAAAUACAAGACGCCCUAUGAAAGAGGAAGGAAUUUCAACUGGAAGAUGUUAUCAUAAGUUACCAUUUGGGUAUUGGUCAUUAUAAUCUUACAUAAGUGAUAAAAUCUUACUUAUUACACUGCUCAUACUAUUUCAGGUUGACCUAUUUUAAGGAAUUCUGCAUUAUCCUGAUCAUGCAAAUUGGAGUCCACCUUAAAUUUGAAUGUUUUGAGAAUAUUGGAAUAUUUUCUGUUUUGCUUUGGAUUGAAUCACUAUGUACUAUUCAUAAUAUUUGAGUCGUUGUCAGGAGAGGGAUUGGAAGACACCUGCCCUGAAUCUGGGUGUGAGAAUCUGUUGCACUGACAUUUUGGGUUUGAUUAUAUAAUAUUUUAUCUUAUACAUAAGCACACUGAUACUAGUAUGCCUCUUCUGUUUUUCAAUGUUGACCCAAUGCAUUUAGUCAUCAGAACGAUGUGGGAUUAUAGGGACAGUUGUUAUUUUUGCAUUGCAAUAAAGAGAAUCAUGUAUAUUGUU